AGCAGUGCCAGCAGUAGGGAUGGAUGCGCGGGGGAUGCUCCUGGAGACCUCGCGUCCUGCGUGGGAAAGAGCACUGGAAGCUCCUUGGCAACUUGAAGACCACAGUGGAAGGUUUGGUGUCCAUCAGCAACCCAAAUGUCUGGUCCAAGUAUGGUGGCUUGGAACGGCUCUGCAGAGACAUGCACAGCAUCCUCUACCAUGGGCUCAUCCAUGACAAGGUGUGCUGCAGACAGAAGGAUUACUGGCACUUUGUGAAGGACAUUCGCUGGCUGAGUCCGGGCUCUGCUCAUCACCUGGAGAAGUUCAUCAGCCUGCAGGAGAGCGGCCAGCGUGACCCUGAGGGCCCAGGGGACCAGGCCAUUGCCCAGCUGUGGCUGCAGCACAGCCUGCAGUGCCACUGCCUGUCAGCUCAGCUGAGGCCCCUCCUGGGGAACCGGCAGUACAUUAGGAAGUUCUACACAGAUACUGCCUUCCUGCUCAGUGACGCCCACGUCACGGCCAUGCUGCAGUGCCUGGAAGCUGUUGAGCAGAACAACCCCAGGCUUCUGGCUCAGAUCGACACCUCCAUGCUGGCCGGCACGUCACUGCCAUCCCUGUGCGCGUCAGAGCCUUCUGCUGGGACAAGAGACAUGUGUGAGCACAGUGCUGAGGGACACCAGAGCCGUCUGCCAGGAGCGCUGGGCUGCCUGGAUCAUUUCACUGAGAGCCUGCUUACCAGGAAGAGUGACAAUCCAUCUCCAGUGACCAAGAGUCAGAGCCUGACUGCCCUUCCUGCAUCCCCGUGCGUCCCUGCUGCCCCCUGCACUCAGCAGCGCUGCUUUGGGUCCUUCUCCAGCCUCCAGAAUCCAGCCUCCUCUGGCCUCUCAGACAGGAGACCAGUGAGUUCCUGUGGCAGCUCCACCUCCAGCCAGCCCCAGGAGCGCUGCCCGUCCACCCGGUCCUCCUCCUUCAGCGAGGGCAGGUCCCCUCUGGAGCAGCCCAGCUCUGUCACCCGCUUCCACGUCUCCUCACCCAAAGACCCCUUCUCUCCAGCCAGCGAGAUGAGCUCCAGCACCACCAGCCAGAGCGAGGAUACUUGGACAGGGAGCCAGGAUGAUCCACAGAGUGAUGCCAAUGACGGGCCAGAGUACCUGGCCAUUGGGAACCUGGGCCGCCGGGGCCGGGCGUGCAGCAGCACCAGCACCAGCAGCACCAAGAGCAGCAGCUCUAAACUCUUCUCCUCCAGCAGCUCCCAGAAGCUGGACUCAGUCUCAUCCCUGGGGGAGCAGGGGGCAAGCGGAGGUGGCAGCAGGGGCCUGAGCCUCUUGCGCCGGUCCAGCUUCUCAGAGGGACAGUCCUCAGCUCCACAGGGCAUCCUCAAGAAGAGCCACAUGCGCUCACACUCUGACACCAACGUGACUUCUGGGAAGUUGCAUGAGUCCCAUGGUGAUCCAGGUGGAGGGAGAGGGCCGGUCUCUGCUUCCACGCAGAGCAGUGAACUGAGCACACCCAGCUCCCUCUACAUGGAGUAUGACUCUGGGCAGUACCUGAGCUCAGGGGAAGGGAUGUUCAGGAGACCUUCUGAAGGGCAGUCCCUCAUCAGCUACCUCUCUGAGCAGGACUUCGGCAGCUGUGCAGACCUGGAGAAGGAGAACGCCCACUUCAGCAUCUCAGAGUCCCUGAUCGCUGCCAUUGAGCUGAUGAAAUGCAACAUGAUGAGCCGGCAGCUGGAGGAGGAGGAGGAAGACAGUGACAAGGAGAUCCAGGAGCUUAAACAAAAGAUUCGCAUUCGGCGCCAGCAGAUCCGCACCAGGCACCUGUUCCCUGCCUGCCAGGAGCUGGGCUCAGACAGUCUCGUGGCAACAGACAGUGGGUCCCAGUUCAGCUCCCACGGCUCCAUGCGGCUCUCUGACUCUGGCUCUGCCGAGGAUGUGGAAGAGUAUGAGAUCCGAGAUGGUAACGAUGGAUCUAACCUGAUUCAAAUGUCCAAGAACGGCCUCUCAGUGUCAAUGGCUUCCUUGUUCUCAGAUGCAGAUAUCAAGAGGAACCCAGACUCCAGCAGGAAGUCCUUUCUCUCCUCGGACUCCAUAUCCCACUCCUUCCUCAAUUCAAACUCGGCAGAGGCGGUGGCCAUGGGCUUGCUGAAGCAGUUUGAGGGCAUGCAGCUCCCAGCUGCCUCUGAAUUGGAGUGGCUGGUCCCUGAGCAUGACGCCCCACAGAAGCUGCUGCCCAUCCCUGACUCUCUGCCUAUCUCUCCCGACGAUGGAGAGCACGCUGACAUCUACAAGCUGAGGAUUCGGGUGCGCGGAAACCUGGAGUGGGCCCCGCCGCGGCCGCAGAUCAUCUUCAAUGUUCACCUGGCCCCAGCGAGAAAGGUGGCUGUGGCCAAGCAGAAUUACCGGUGUGCGGGCUGUGGCAUCCGGACUGAUCCUGAUUACAUCAAGCGGCUGCGGUACUGCGAGUACCUGGGCAAGUACUUCUGCCAGUGCUGCCAUGAGAAUGCCCAGACUGUCAUCCCCAGCCGCAUCCUGCGCAAGUGGGACUUCAGCAAGUACUACGUGAGCAACUUCUCCAAAGACCUGCUGAGCAAGAUCUGGAGUGACCCACUCUUCAACGUGCAAGCUAUCAAUCCUGCCCUGUACCAGAAAGUGAAGGCUCUCAACCAAGUGAGGCUGCUGCGAAUCCAGCUUUUCCACAUGAAGAACAUGUUCAAGACGUGCCGGCUGGCUAAAGACCUCCUGGACUCCUUUGACACAGUGCCUGGUCACUUGACAGAGGAUUUGCACCUCUACUCGCUGAGUGACUUCAGUGCCAUCAAGAAAGGGGACCUGAUGCCUCGCCUGACAGAGCUCCUGAAGGCAGGCAGCCUGCACAUUGACAAGUGCAUGCUGUGCCAAGCCAAAGGCUUCAUCUGUGAGUUCUGCCAGAAUGAGGACGACAUCAUCUUCCCCUUUGAGCUCAACAAGUGCAGGACAUGUGAAGAGUGCAAGGCCUGCUACCACAAGUCCUGCUUCAAGUGCGGCCGCUGUCCCCGGUGCGAGCGGCUGCAGGCCCGGAGGGAGCUGCUGGACAGGCAGGGCCCGGAGCCCGACAGCUCGGACUGCGAGGGGGAGCUGCAGCAGCCAGAGCCAGGGCCAGCCACAUGAGCAUGCUGCAGCCAAGGAGCAGAUCAUGGGUUUGUUUAUGUGCAUGGCCUUCAUCACCAGAGACUGAGCCACACGGACUGGGGAUGAGGACUGCUGGGAGGCCUGGAGCACUGUCUUGAAGGGAUUUCUUUUUCCAGUACUGCUGGGCUGGGAAAGGAGCAUAUUCCACCAUGUGGAUCUGCUCCAGGUACCGCUCCCACUCCCUGAUGCCUUUGCUUGGGCAAAGGAAGCUGCUUGGAGGCAGCUGCUCCUGCCUGUCCUGCAGGCAGAACAGGGACCUUUUCUGAGCAGUUGUUCAUGCUGGACCCAGCAGGGCUGUGCUGUCCAUCCCUGUGCCCUGCUCUGAGCUGAGCAGGGUGCCCUGAAGGGUCAGCACUUGCUGCUCAUCAGCUGUAUACUGGGAAGCUCUGGUCACAUCUGCUCCUUGGAGGAGGAAAUUGGGUCUCAGUCCUGUGAUCCUCCAUUCUGCUGCUGGGGGUUGUGUGCAUGGAGGGAGGGUGGGUUUUGGGGUUGGUUGUGUAUUUAACAGCUCCCUUUCUCAAAUGUGCUGUGGGACACUGCUGGAGAGCAGUUGCUCUCGCUCCAGAAUCAGAGCAGAGGACGUGGCAAUGAUGAAAAUGCCAGAUUUCCCUGUGCUGCAGAGGGACAUUGCCCCUGGAGCAGCUGCAGAAAUGGAUGUGCUGAUGGACUUUUGGCAGGCAGAUCCCCAUGGCUUCAUAGAAAUCUGCCUCCAUGGGAUAUGGUGAGGCUUCUGACCCUACUUCCUCCUCACGCUGCCUGUCUGUCCUACCAGGGAGAUAUGUCCUCCUUUAAGGGUGACAUGGGACCUCACUCUGGUGACACCAGAACCUGCCUUGUGUGGAGCUGCCUCUCUGCCUUUGACCUGUCAGGAUGCAGGUGAAGGCUCAUCCCUCCAGCUGCAUCCCCAAUCCUCUGUUUAGUUGGUUUUUUUUUUAAUCUGCUGGACUUUUAUUUUUUAAUAUGGUUGUUUGUAUUUUUAACUGUGUGUUCCCCUCAAGGAGGUGCUGCUUGAAAUGCCUUCUUAGGGGGCAUGUGAUCUGCUUGGGACUCAGCAGUAUAAAAUCUCCAGGGCUAUCUGCUCCUGGUUCCUCACCCCUGGAUGGAGCUGGUCCCCUCUCCCAGCAGGAUCUCCUGCUUCCCUUGGGGCAGGAUGGGUCCCUGAGCCAGGCAAAGCUUUGAAGCUUCCCAGCUGAGCUGUGGUGGGAUGGUCAGGCAGCCUGAUUGCAAUGGGGAUACCCAGGGGAGAGGGGUUUGGCACUGGGUGCUGCCAAGGACUGGUUCCUCACUGAUGCACUUGUGUCACCUGGCACAAGUGACAGCUCUGCGGGGUCAGGGUCAGACCCAGCGGGACAAGGUGAGCUCUGUGCCCAGCUGAGGAGGUGCCUCUGCAUCGUGGGGGGAUGCUUCAGCCACAGCAUGUGCAGCACCACCUGAGCACAGGUGGGAUGUGGGGUCUUAGGAAGGGUGGUGUGGCCUGUGUACGUGCAAGGAGGGUGUUGAGGGACCAGAGAGCAAUGCACUGGCAGGAGGCCUCAAGGGGCAGUGGCUCUUUCAGCACAUGCCCUGAUUUGAGGCUGGGAUGUGACCUGUGGGCUCUCCCUGAGGGAGUGGCAGGGUUGGGGAGAGGGGAAGAGGCUGGGUCCAGGAGAUGUGGCUGCAGCCUUGCUGCUGAGGGCUGGGCUGCUGCAUCUCUCUCCUGCCUGCAGCAUCCUGACCAAGUCCUGAAAGCAGGGUUCAGCUCCCCACUUGCUCCCCUGGGGUUUUUACUGCCUUGUGUCUUGCUUCUGCUUUUUUUCCCCAGAAGAGCAGCUGCUCUUCUUCUCACUCUGUCUCUGCAAGCCCUGGGGCUGCCAGAUGCUGGUCUGCCUUGGUCUUGCCUGUCCCCAAGCCAAGCCCUCCUGCUGCUGUUUGGAUCUGGGACCCCCUUCCCUGGAGUUGCCUCAGCAGCACAUCUCCAUCCACCCUAUUUUGUUUUAAGCACUUUAAUGUCAUGGGACAGCAGCUGAGAGGCUGCCCAGAUCCCUUUCUAGAAGCACUGAGUACUUUUUGAGAAGAGGGAAGGAAUUCUGGCUUAGUUCUGGUUCCCACCCUCCACCAUGGACUGUGUGAAGCAGCAGGACUCCCAAACCUGGCACAGGUCUCCAGGACAAGACUGUGCCCAGCACUGACACUGCUGCCCAGCACUGACUGCUACAACUAACACUGGAACUGGCCACGACAGGGAGCUCUGGGAGGGAGAGCUGGGGGCUGCCCUGGCCGUCAACUGCAGCCCUCACAACGGGAUUGUUAUUGCACAGCACAGCAAUUAAAAUGCCGUCCUUAAUAAAUGAUGUUAAUAAGGA